GCCUAUUAUGAUGAUUCGAGGUAUGAAAAGAUAAUCGGGAUGCUGGCGAAGGCGACCACCAGAUAUGUGAACCAAAGAACAAAAUAUUGGGAAUCAGGCAUUUUAAUAAAAAACUUACAAAAGUAA